AUGUCCCGGAGGAAACAGGCAAAGCCACAGCACUUCCACGUGGACGCGCAUCUCCUCGAUCAUCCAGUGAAGAACAUCCCCACCCCAAUAUAUGAUGCCCAUAUCUGUGAACAAUGCUGCGCUGAAUUUACCAAUAUAACUGACUUCCACCAACACCAGAAAGACUGUUCAAAAGAUCAGAUAGUUCUAGAAAAAUUUGAUAAUGGAAGCCCAGACUCUUCACCUUCCAUUCACACUUUAUGUUCUUCAAUUUUUAAUUCUGAGGAGCAAGUGAAUGGUGCUAACAAUACAGAGGAACUUUGUGACUUUUCUAAUGAUGGAACUUCAGAAGGAACUGAUGCAGCUCCACACAUAUAUGAAAAUAGCAGUUAUGACAUUGCCAAAAAUGUGCAUUUACAUCAUGAUAAUGGAAAAGAUGAUGCUGAUGACUUUAGCUCACCAUACUCAACUCUCCUACCUCAAGAGGUUUACUUACUUGAGUUGUGUAAAUUAUCAGUGACUAAUAGCAAUGUCUUCAUUGAGAACCUAGAAAACACCAAGGUUGCUGUCGCUCAGUUCUCACAGGAAGCUAGUUUGAGUCUAAAGGCAAGCUGCAAGAACAUUAACGACAACAAAAUGGCUGCCUGUAGUCUGAUUGAGCAGCUGUUAGCUCUGCAGCAACAGCAGAUGCAGCAGCUAAAAGUAAUUGAAGAAAUUAGACAUCAGAUAAUGCUAUUAACCGCUCAUAAUGCUGAUACACCUUUAGCCACAAACAUCUGCGAAAGUCUAUCAGGAAUGUCUCAAACCAGUUCAUUGAAAAAACUCAGCUCAAACCUCUCUGAACAGCUCGCAGCAGCCACUGGCCUAGCAGAAAACCUAGCAAGCCAAUCUGCUAAUGGCUAUGCUAAAGAGUCUAAACAUUUUAUUUCACAGACCAACCAAGAUGGCUCAAGGAGUGAUAAAGGAAGUCCACAAAUGACUGAUAAAAAUGGAGAUAACCCUUUGUCAUCAAAAUAUGGUAUGGAUCUAUGUAGUAACCAAUCUUUGCAUGGUAAUACAAUAAGUGAGAAUGUUUCAGGCACAACUAAUUUAAAAGCGCCUUCAUCUCCUGCUUCGUUUACUGAUGGGAUUCUAAACAAACUUGAAUUGCCUCAUAAACAGAAUGGCAUUAAUGUAUGUGCAAACUCCUUGCCUAGUUUUGGGGCAAUUGUUGAGGACUUGAAUGCUUUGACUACAUUAGCCCAGCAGAGGAAAGGCAAAUCACUCAAUGUGACUUUAUUUGAACACAAGAAGCCAUCUGAAGAUUGUAUAUUCAAGCACAAAUGCAAAUUCUGUGCAAAAGUAUUUGGAAGUGAUAGUGCUUUGCAGAUACACUUGCGGUCUCACACUGGAGAAAGACCUUAUAAAUGCAACAUAUGUGGAAAUCGAUUUUCCACACGUGGAAAUCUCAAAGUCCACUUCCAGCGUCACAAGGAGAAGUAUCCUAACAUUCAAAUGAAUCCUUAUCCAGUUCCAGAGCACUUAGACAAUGUCCCAACCAUCACAGGUAUUCCACAUGGUAUGUCUCUGCCCCUUGAGAAGCAUGGCCCUAACUGGCUGGAUAACGAACCUUUAGUGGGUAACUCUCUUGACUUUAUGCUUCCAACAUCAUUGCCAAGUCUUCCCCCCAUCAUUAAAAAAGAGAAGGAUGGGGUAUCAAUAACCAAAUGUCAAGGUCCUGUUGUCAGUGAGGUAUGUGGGAGAAAUAAUGGGCAUAAAAAGGGAUUUCAAAGUAGCCCUCUUCUAAUUUCAUCUGAGAAAUUUAGAGAGGUUACACAAGCCUUGAGUGUUGCUACCUUUGUAAGCUCCUCAAAGGAAUGUUCAAGAGAACACAUUGUUUCUAACACCUCGGUCAAUUCAAGCUUAAUAAGCCAGCUAAAAUUGGAGCAGCUUGAAACCAAAUUUCUUUUGGGGGGCCCUCCAAAUCCUACUGGAGCCUCAGAGACUUCAAAGCUGGAGCAGUUGGUGAAGAACAUAGAUAAGAAGCCCUUUGACCCCAAUGAGUGUAUCAUCUGCCAUCGAGUUCUUAGCUGUCAAAGUGCACUUAAAAUGCACUACCGCACCCAUACUGGAGAAAGGCCAUUCAAAUGUAGAGUGUGUGGACGGGCUUUCACAACUAAAGGCAAUCUCAAGACACACUUCAGUAUUCAUCGUUCCAUGCCACCCCUUAGAAUACAGCAUUCAUGCCCAAUAUGCCAAGAAAAGUUCACAAAUGCAGUGGUUCUACAGCAGCAUAUCCAUAUGCACAUGGGUGGUCACAUCCCUAAUGUCCCACUGCAUGAUACCAGCUGGUCAGAGCCCAUGGACCAGGACACUGAACAGGUAGAAGGGAGUAACAUGGAUUUGGGUAACUUCUCUAAUAAAAACAUGGAGUUUAUGGAAGGUGAAUCAGAUCCAAAGUGCUCGUAUGCAUUACCAGACAGUUUAUCAUCUUCUCCUGCUUCUUUUGAAUUUGCCAGAGCAAUUAAAUCAGAAAGUCAGAUAACCAUCUCACAUGUGGAUGACCUGUCAGACAGCGGGUUGAAAAAUAUGGAAAAUGGAUCAAUGGAUGUAGACUACUUCACCUGUAGAUCAUCUUCACUAAACGGAAACCUUGACAGUCAAAAGAGAAGAAUUUUAGUCUACACUGAGUCUGCAUCCUCUUUGGAACCCUCCUCUCCCAAUGGCCCUGUUCUUGAAAUACAUGAAAACACUACAACUGACAGGCACAAGAAAUCUGCUAAACCAAAUGGCUCAAGUCUUUCACUGCCUGAUGUCACAGGGUUCAAGCUACUAGAUGGAACAUCUGAAGAUGUCCCGAAAGUUAGUAUGACCAUGAUUUUACCCUUCCAUGAGCAAGGAUCCCUGAAAACCAAUGUUUGUGAUAUCUGCAACAAGACAUUUGCUUGUCAAAGUGCUUUGGAUAUUCACUAUCGAAGUCACACCAAAGAACGGCCAUUCAUUUGCACUGCAUGCAACCGAGGGUUCUCGACUAAAGGUAACCUUAAACAGCACAUGCUCACUCACCAGAUGCGAGACUUACCUUUACAGUUGUUUGAGCCAGCAAAUCAGGUCCUGAUUUUCCCCCCAAACCAGUUUCUACCCGCCAUGGAACCAUUUAUUACCCCAAAACGAAUCGGACUCAAUGGGAUCAUUAAAAAAGAUCUUAAAGACUCUGCAGCAAGUAUGGGUAGGACUUCAGCUACCACAUUACUCACUUUCUCUACACCAACAUUAAAAGUAGCACCACUUCGACGAACAGCUAAACAGCACUUCUGCCACACCUGUGGGAAGACCUUCUCUUCUUCAAGUGCACUUCAAAUUCAUGAGAGAACCCACACUGGUGAGAAACCCUUCGCUUGCAACAUAUGUGGACGUGCAUUUACCACGAAAGGAAAUUUGAAGGUUCAUAUGGGAACCCACAUGUGGAGCAGUUCUCCGGCCAGGCGAGGACGUAGGCUUUCUGUUGAUGGUCCUUUAGUUGGAUCCAACCCUGAGAGAUCUCACUGCCCUAAAGACACUACCCUGAAAGAUGUUGUGGGCAGAGUAAGUAAUGGGGACACCAUAGGCAUCUGGAGUCAGUAUGCUUCUCUCACUAGUGGUUUGGCUAUGAGAACAAAUGACAUGCCAUUAAUUCAAAAUGGUGGCAUACCUCACCUGUCGAUUUCUGCUGGGCACUAGGAGUGUAAAGGUUCUCGUACACAAAUCUGUACGGUUCGCCACCCACGGUUCAGGAAGUAUUGGCUCCAAGGUGGGUUCACCUCAAGUUUAAUGACGCAUCUGUUGCACAAGGUUUGGUGAAGAAAACAAAGCAUAAAAGAGACACAGGCACAGUUACAACCUCCGCUAAUGCACCUGAAUGGAUCUGUAGAUGGAUACACUCUGUUUCACUGUUCUGCAUGCAUUGUGUGUAGUUGAAAAUGGCAAGCGGAGACAACGAGCCAGUGAUAGAGAAGCCCCCUGCAUUUCUCCUUUCUGGGAACAUUGUCUUUUUGCAGUUAAUUACAAUAGCGAUGGUCCAAAAACUUUUACAAAAAAGACACUGUUUGCAGACAUGCACGCAAGUUCUUCUUGUUUCCUCAAGUGGCUGUAAUCUAACAGAAGCAUCAAUAAUGCAUUUUGAUUAAUGGCAUUAAAAUGCCAUUUACAUUAAUACAUAGAUACAUUAUUAAUAAUUCACCCAGGGAAACAGCCGCAGGUGAGCUGAAAUUUUGAAGCAGGCACUCAGUGCUUAUUUGGACAGACAUGAAACAAUAACUAAAGAUCUUGGGGUGUUCAUGUGGGAUUUCCACUAAAUAUAAAAACACUCAAGCAGCAUUAUCACAAAAUCCCUUCUCGUAUGUAUUUUAAUAGCAAGGUUAUUCUUUUAUAGUGAUGUAUAGCUUCCGAAUAUUGAAUAUAUGUUGAGAUGAGUUUGAAGUGCACUUUAUGUUGAUACAUGUAGUGUAUUAGUGCAGGUAUUAAGUUAAAAUGUUGAUUUAGUAAUUAGAGAAAAUGUUUUUGAAUAAGGCAAAUACACAAUUGUACUGAAACUGUGACCCUAUAACCAUGAUACAAACCAAACUGUGAGAAAUUCGAAACGUUGCACCCCUGGAAAGCUUAGAAAAAUUGCAACUUAACAGAGCAUUACCUUGGCUUGAGAGGUUCAGUGAAAAUGGUCCAACUUUUCACUUCCGGCCAUUGGUUGAGGACAAAAAACUGCAGUGAUGGAUUGAAUUUCAUUGUUCUUUUCGGGAUGCAAUUUCAUAUACCAGGGGUUGCCAUAUGUUUCGGGAUGCAAUUUCAUAUACCAGGGGUUGGCAACCUAUGGCAUGUGUGCCAGUGUUGGGGGAGGGGUAAUCAUUGGCAUGCAGGCAGCAGCAAGAGGGGAGUAGACUAAAUGGUCUGCACUUAUAUAACGCUUUUUUAACUUUAGCAGUUUUCAAAGUGCUUUACACUGUGACUCAUUCACCCAUUCACACACACCAAUGGUGGCAGAGCUGCUAUGCAAGGCGCUAGCCUGCCAUUGGGAGCAACUUGGGGUUCGGUGUCUUGCCCAAGGACACUUUGGCAUGUGAAAUUAUGUGGGCCAGGAAUUGAUCCACCAACCCUGCGAUUAGUGGCCGACCCGCUCUACCAUCUGAGCCACAGCCCAUAUAGACUAUUUUAUUUAUAUGAAGUCCCUUGCACCUGCAUGGCAAUCUAUAUAUUGAUGUAAUCUUUCCUCAUGUUUUCAUGAGCUGAACAGGUGGCUAAACAAAAAGUUGAAGUGUGACGAGACUUCAGUAUACCCAACAGACUCACACAGCGCAUGCAAGCCAUUCACGCAUCGCGAGCCGGCCGCACAGAUCAAUUCAGGCAGUGCUUCACUUUCUGUGAAUCGCAUGAUUAAAUGACUCCACUUUGCUUUGGUUGCUCUGUGAGGUUGAGCGGACAACAGCCUACAUUUUCUGGUUUUAUUUUUGCUUUCAAAAAAAGAUGAUAUGUAAGAGGACACCGUUCAGCUAUCAGUACUUGAGAUAUUCAACCCAGCAUACACCCUCCUUAAACCACAAUGAUGGUCACUCUCACAACUACAUUAAACGAUUAAAUGAGUAAACAAAAACACACAUCGUACGGUUCAAAAAUCUGUGUCUGAUUCAAAAUAUAAAUUAGUCAUGGAAAUAAAGUUUAAAGCACUGUCUGAAUUGAUCUGCACUGCUGGCUCGCGAUGUGAGAAUGGCUUGCAUGCGCUAUGCUCGUCUGUUAACUGUACUGCAAGCUUGUUACACUAUAAUAGUGUUUUACUUCCCAUUCAUCUCAUGAAAACACGAUGCAUGGUCAUGAGGAAGGAUUACAUCAAGAUGUAGGUUGACAUGCAGGUGCAUUUCUUGUUGUUAGUGAUUACCCCUCACUGUGAUUUUGAAUAAUUUAUGACAUAAAAUCAGUGUUGGGGAGUAGCUAACUACAUGUAGUGACGCUACUAACCUUGACAGUAGCUCAGCUGCUUUUAAAACAGAGUAGCUUUUCCAGUAGCGAACUACUUUUUCCAGCAAAUAGCGGUGUAGCAUGACCAAAUGCUACAUCAUGUUGGUUAGAUUAUAACUAAUAGCCUUCCUUAUUGCGUAGAAGUCAAACUUUUACAGGCAAAACGUCAGAUGAGCUGGCAGCAUAUUUCUGUCUGCUGAGCAGAAUCAGACAGCGUCUUCUUUUGUAACGGCAGAUUACAAACUAAAAUAGUGCACUACAACCAUCUUCUGAGUGCUUAUUACAGCUCACUUGGAUAAGAAGAGAUUGUCUGAUGAUAUGUAAAGCAAGCAACCACAGUUUGUUUAUCUUUAAGACGUCCGGGGCAGGUAAAUCUGAAAAUUAUGAAAGUGUUCAAAAUUAUUCUUCUAUGUAACUAAGAAUGUUUCAGAAACUUUGUUCUUAAUAGAUCACACAACAGCAUAUUUACCUUUACUAUUUAAAUAAAACAAUUCAAAAAGUUAUAAUUGCCUUUUGAGGGAUUUUGUUUCUGUCCUAAAUAUGUUUAUUUCGCUUCUCUUCGUCUCAGAAAGUGAAUUAUUAUUAUAAUAUUUAUAAAUAUACAGUAUAUAUUAUUAUAAUAACUACUAUCAUGCAGAAAUAUUUGAUUUCUAAAUUUCUUAGCAUUUAAUUAACUAUUAUUUUCAUGUAAAAUAAUUAAAAUGAUUAGUAAUCAUUUAUGGCAUGUAUUAUUAUGCAACAGUCUACGUAGGAUGACCGUCCGUCCACUUGUUUUGGACCUGAACAAAGCGACAAAUAUUUGUAGAGCAACCUCUGUAUGUGACCUGUAAAGCUGGCACUUGCAUGUCAAUGGCAAAAAAGUCUGAAAAUACAAUGAGCAUGAACCCAGGUGAGGGCAGAAACAAGCCCAGAGUCUUUAUUCACAUAUUAUCCACACUAAAUAUUAUGUGACAAGAACAAAAAAUGCCAGCCCAAGGAAAGUUUGUCAUAAAAAUGUGAUCUUUUGGGAAGUAGGCUGGCCACGGCAGGACUGAAAAGUGUGAAGUAUAGUAUAAAAGUAUUUUUUAAUGGCGCAUUUUUUGUUUUUAUUUUAUACUGUUGUAUUUUAUUUUAUGGCCAUUAUUAACUGUAUUAAUGUUACUAUUCAUUAAAUGUAAUAUAAAUACAUUUAAUAUAUUUAACUAAACACAUUAAAUUGAUUUUAAUUAAUACAUAAAUUACUAAAUGUCAUUAGUGUACAUUUUGUUAUUAAUAUUAUUGGUUUGAUAGUAACAUUAAA